UGCAAUGCAAGCCUGAGCUCUCCAGCUGUCACCAUAAGACUGCGGCAGUGUGGGCUCCUUGUGCUCAUCCUUUGCAUUCAUAGGGGGAAGCGGAAGACCACACUACCUGGCUGAGACUUUAUUAUAGAGGAGAAAGAGAAACAUGAACUGGUCCCAUUCCUGCAUCUCCUUUUGCUGGAUUUACUUUGCUGCUUUCCGACUGAGAGCUGUAGAGACAGCAGAUGGAAAAUAUGCUCAGAAGUUGUUUAAUGACCUUUUUGAAGAUUAUUCCAAUGCUCUGCGUCCAGUGGAAGAUACAGAUAAAGUCCUGAAUGUCACGCUGCAGAUUACACUCUCUCAGAUCAAGGAUAUGGAUGAAAGAAACCAAAUUCUGACCGCCUAUUUGUGGAUCCGCCAAAUCUGGCAUGAUGCCUAUCUCACCUGGGACCGAGAUCAGUACGAUGGCCUAGACUCCAUCAGGAUCCCCAGUGACCUCGUGUGGAGGCCGGACAUCGUCUUAUAUAACAAGGCUGACGAUGAAUCUUCAGAGCCUGUGAACACCAAUGUGGUCCUGCGGUAUGAUGGGCUGAUCACCUGGGAUGCACCGGCCAUCACCAAAAGCUCCUGUGUGGUGGAUGUCACCUACUUCCCUUUUGACAACCAGCAGUGCAACCUGACUUUUGGUUCCUGGACCUACAAUGGCAAUCAGGUGGACAUAUUCAAUGCCCUGGACAGCGGCGAUCUCUCUGACUUCAUUGAAGAUGUGGAAUGGGAGGUCCAUGGCAUGCCUGCUGUGAAGAACGUGAUCUCCUAUGGCUGCUGCUCUGAGCCUUACCCGGAUGUCACAUUCACCCUCCUUCUGAAGAGGAGGUCCUCGUUCUAUAUCGUCAACCUCCUCAUACCAUGCGUCCUCAUAUCUUUUCUGGCUCCUUUGAGUUUUUAUCUCCCAGCAGCCUCCGGAGAAAAGGUCUCCCUGGGAGUGACCAUCCUCUUGGCCAUGACUGUAUUUCAGCUAAUGGUGGCAGAAAUUAUGCCAGCCUCAGAAAAUGUCCCUCUGAUAGGUAAAUACUACAUAGCCACGAUGGCCCUGAUCACAGCUUCCACCGCCUUGACCAUCAUGGUGAUGAAUAUCCACUUCUGUGGGGCCGAGGCCCGGCCGGUACCACACUGGGCCAGGGUGGUCAUCCUGAAAUACAUGUCCAGGGUCUUGUUUGUCUACGAUGUGGGUGAAAGCUGCCUCAGCCCGCGCCACAGUAGAGAGCAGGACCGCCUCACGAAAGUUUACAGCAAACUGCCAGAGUCUAACCUGAAAACAGCCAGGAACAAAGACCUUUCCAGAAAGAAGGACAGGAAUAAACGCUUAAAGAAUGACCUGGGCUGCCAGGGUGAGAACCCUCAGGAGGCCGAGAGUUACUGUGCACAGUACAAAGGGCUGACGAGGAAUAUUGAGUACAUCGCCAAGUGCCUCAAAGACCACAAGGCUACCAAUUCCAAGGGGAGCGAAUGGAAGAAGGUGGCCAAAGUCAUAGACCGAUUCUUCAUGUGGAUUUUUUUCAUCAUGGUGUUGGUGAUGACUAUCUUGAUCAUAGCAAGAGCGGAUUAGUCACAGGUAUUGGCUUUGCUAUCCGGG